ACAACUGCCGCCCACUACGAGGCCAACUGGAAGUCCAUUGACUCGCGUCCACUGCCGUCCUGGUUCGACAAGGCCAAGGUGGGCAUCUUUCUUCACUGGGGCGUCUUCUCGGUGCCCUCCUUCAACAAUGAGUGGUUCUGGUACAACUGGCGCACACAAAAAUCUGCCAACUAUGAGGCGUUCAUGAAGAAGAACUACAAGCCUGGUUUCACCUACGAAGAGUUUGCUCCUCAGCUGACGGCGGAGUUUUACGAGCCGGAGAAGUGGGCUGAUCUGUUCAAGAAAGCCGGCGCCAAGUACGUCGUGCUCACUUCCAAGCACCACGAAGGCUACACGAUGUGGCCCUCCAAGUACUCCUUCUCGUGGAACGUCAUGGACGUCGGUCCAAAGCGUGACCUGCUGGGCGACCUCGCCACCGCCGUCCGCCACCACAACCUCACCUUUGGCCUCUAUCACUCUCUCUACGAGUGGUACAAUCCGAUGUACCUGGCGGACAAGAAAAACGGCUUUAAGACGACCGACUUUGUCAGCAAGAAGAUUCGCCCUGAGAUGGAAGAGGUGGUUAAGAUGUACAAACCUUCGGUCAUCUGGUCGGACGGCGACUGGGAGGCCUCUGACGCCUACUGGAACAGUACUGACUUUCUCGCCUGGCUGUACAACGAGUCGCCGGUCAAGGACGAAGUGGUGGUGAAUGAUCGCUGGGGCAGUGGCACCUCCUGCAAACACGGCGGCUUCUUCAACUGCGCCGACCGCUACUUCCCGGGCACCCUUCUGCCGCACAAGUGGGAAAACGCCAUGACCAUUGACAAGCACUCCUGGGGAUACCGACGGGAGGCGCCGCUGGCCGACUACCAGACGCCCGAGGAGCUGAUUGCUACGGUAGUGAAAACGGUCAGCUGCGGCGGCAAUGUUCUCAUCAACGUCGGCCCCACCAAGGACGGCAAGAUUGUGCCCAUCUUUGAGGAGCGCCUCCUGCAGCUGGGCGCCUGGCUGGGCGUCAACGGACAGGCCAUCUACGAGAGCAAGCCGUGGACGCACCAGAAUGACACUCUGACCCAGGGCGUCUGGUACACGCAACGAGAGGGCAAGGUCUACGGCAUAGCCACCGCUUUCCCCAGCUCAGAGAGCAUCGAGUUUGGCGCCGUCCAGUUCAGCACUGUCAAGUCGGUCAGUCUGCUCGGCUAUGCGCACUCGUCGCUUGCUUUUGUGAAGGCUGACAAGGGCCACACUAAGGUCACUCUGCCCCACCUGACGCCGCUGAUGCCCGUCAAGUACGCGUACACUUUUGAGUUUGAGCUCAA